AUGGCCGACAAAUCACUUAUAAUCAAACAGCACCUUCAGGAGUGCCCAACUCUGGCCCCCACAUGGGUGGAUCACCUUCCUUCCAACAUACGUCCUUACUUUUAUCUCGCACGAGUUCACAGGCCCUCUGGAAUACUUUUACUGUUUUAUCCAUGCGCAUGGUCGGUUACCAUGACCUGCUACGCGCUCAGUGCGCCGAUCGCGACAGUGUGGACCUAUCUUGGAUUUUUUCUUGUGGCCUCUCAAGUAUUCUGUGCUGCCGGGUGUGUGAUCGACGACAUGUGGGACAAAGACAUUGACGCUGCUACUUCACGGACACGCACGAGACCCUUGGCUGCAGGCGAUCUCUCGAUGUUCCAGGCAUCCAUCUUCCUUAUUUUGCAGUUAGCCAUUGGCGUCUGGCUUUUCAUGCAGUUAAAUAAAUACAGCUCGGUUCUUGGACUUUCCUCCCUGGUUUUAAUCGUGUUAUAUCCUAUCAUGAAGCGUGUGAUAGCAUGGCCACAAGCUGUGCUUGGCAUGUGCUUCAGCUGGGGAUCACUUUUGGGGACAGCUUCUGUUGCCGGAACGGUCGACUGGCAUAUAUAUAUCCCCCUAUACAUGGGGGGCUUGUGUUGGACAAUCGUGUACGAUACUUGCUACGCCCGUCAAGACAGAGAAGAAGACAUCAUAAAUGGCAUUCACUCGACCGCAGUUGUUUUCGGAGACCAGAUUCGGCCUAUUCUUUUAACUUUCUCUUUCGUUGCUUGUUCUUUGAUAUCGUACGCCGGGUUCCUCAACGGACAUGGCUUCCCUUUUGUCAUUGGCGUAACUCUUGGGGCAUUUCACCUUGUCCGACUCUUCGGCAGGAUCGACUUCGAAAAUAUGGAGAGUUGCGAUGAUUGUCUCAUCAACACCACUUGGUUUGGUUUCUGGGUUUGGGCGGGAGCUAUGGCCGACUAUGUUGUGAAGAUGCAGUUGUAG